GAAGCUUCGGGGGCAGAGCGGCGCGGGCGGCUGCCGAUCCAGGGCGGGGGUCGGCGGCCCGGCCAGCCCGGCCCGGCCCGGGGCCGCUUCCUGAGCGUCCGCCCUCGUCGCUGCAGCCUUGGCACCCGGCCGGCGAACCAUGGAGGCCGAGCGCCCCCCGGCGCCCGGCCCGGCCUGCGGGCACCCCUCGCCCCGCGCUGCCGGCCCGGAACCCGCGGCCGCGCCCGUGUCGGUGCCCGCGCCGCCGCAGGGCCCUGCCGUGGGCGGCGGCUUGGCGGGCUUGCAGUUCUCACCCCCGCAGGAGCCGGAGCCGCGGGCCCCGGGGACGUGGGCGGGGGCGGCAGCGGGGCCCCUGACGCCGUCCGCACACAUCCCCGUGCCAGCGCACAGAGCCCCCCAAGGAAAAGCCCGGCUGGAUGAGGUCAUGGCUGCGGCAGCUCUCACAAGCCUGUCCACCAGCCCCCUGUUGCUGGGGCCCCCAGCUGCAGGCUUCCACGCGGGGCCCGGCUCGGAGCCCUGGUCCGAGCCGCCAGUGCAGCCACCAGGCAGUUGCAGCGGCAGCGGUGGGGACUGGGGCUGGGACCCGGCUGGCGAGCAGUCCUCCCCACCCACACCGUCACCCCCACUGCCCCUGGAGGCAGCCCACUUCCUGUUCGGGGAGCCUGCCCCUCGGAAGAGGAAGGGCGCGGUGCAGGUCCUGUUCCAGUGUCUGUGGAAGCGCUGCGGCGAGGUGCUGGGCACGGCCUCCGGGAUGCAGAGGCACAUCCGCCUGGCCCACCUGGGGCGGCAGGCAGAGCCAGAACAGAGCGACGGCGAGGAGGACUUUUACUACACGGAGCUGGACAUCGGUCUGGAGGUGCUGGCCGGCGGGCUCUCCAGCCUGACCUCCGUGUCCCCCACGGCCUCCCUGCCGCCUGCCUUCCCACGCCUGGAGCUGCCCGAGCCCCCAGCCCUGCCCAGCCUGCUGCGCCCCCUGGCCCCGCCCCCGCCCCAGGCGCUGAGCUCCGAGGCGCACCCCCAGGUGUGCCGCACUGACCACUCCUACCAGGAAGCCCCGAGGGGACGCCAAGAAGUGCCGGAAGGCGUACGGCGUGCAGCGCAGGGACCUCUGGUGCACCGCCUGCCGCUGGAAGAAGGCCUGCCAGCGCUUCCUGGGCGCCGCCCGCUGCCCGGGGCGCCCGGGUCCCCAGAGGCGGAGAUGAGCCGCAGCCCGCCCCUGCCCGGGCCCUCCGAGCCGCAGGGUCUGCUCUUCAAGGGGGCAGGGGCAUCAGGGCCCCCGGAGCCCCAGAGGUCGGGGGGGGGUCUCACCACUCAAAGUGCCUCUGAAGAAACCAGCCUUUUGCACUAAAGCCUGGGGUGGGCGCUGCCCCCCCACACCUGUCCGUGGACUCGUCCAGGGUGCUGAUGGUCCAGCGCGAGGCCGCGUGGGAGCCAGACCUGGAUGCACUUUGAGGGGUCGGGUGGGGCCUCCCCCGCCGCACCUAACCUGCUGGGCGGUACGGGCUCCGGGGCUGGCGUCGGACCUGGUUUCCGAAGCUCAGGUGUCUUGCGUCUGGGCUGCGCCAGGCGAGGAGAAAAAUUAAAGAUUCGGGCUUUUCCA